AAGUUCAACUGUUGAAAUGAUUGAUGUUACUGAGUAGCAUAUCUUAAAUGCUUAGUUUAAUAGUACUAGCAUAUAAUUGUAGUUAUUGUGUGAGAGCUGAACCAGUGAUAUAUAAGAAGCUGGAAGCUUCAUCUGAUGAUGUUGCUCUUCUCAGAGCUUAUGUUGGUGACAGACCAACAUGGAGGAAUCCUAACCACCCUUGGAGGGUUGAUCCAAGAUUCAAGCUCACGGGAGUACCCACGCUGAUCAGCUGGGAGAAUGACACCAUCAAGGGUCGCCUUGAAGAUCAUGAAGCACACCUCGAGGACAAAAUAGAUGCCCUUGUGUCUGGCAAAUAGGCAGUCUUAGUCCCUUGAACUAAUCUAUCUAUGCAAUUGCGAUGUGGUCAUUUUUAGGAUGGAGUACUGUACAUCCUAACCAAACUUAAAUAAUAGUUGUUUUUCUUCAGGUCCGGAACUGAAUGCAAUUGCCACUGAAUAUAUUUAUGCCUUGCAU